AUGCCAACGAAGCCGGCCGAGACUGAGCUGACUGACAAAUCCCGACCAGAUUGUACACAGUUUCGGGACCUUUUGUUGAAAAAGUUGAAGAAGAAGUUUGGGAUCCAUUCAGUUUUCUUUUCUGGCGAUGCCGAUAUCCCCCAUAUCUUCGAACGAGUGAGAAGUGAAGAAAAGUCGACAGUGGAGUUGGACAUAUUAACUAUCGGCCUGGAACCCCAGCUGUGCUUCAAACCUAGAGGCUCGUGUAUGUCUGAUAUUGGACUCUUGGCUCUGUUAAAUUCAGAUUGCACCCGCCUGCAGAUCGACGCUCCAACCUGGGCCGCCCUGGCAGCUUUGUAA